ACUUGACAAAUAAAUACAAGUAUUGAAAAUCAAAUACUAAAUUCACGAAAAAAAUGUUAGUGCGUAUGAUGUUCGUACAUGUUUGAUUCGUACAUCAACAUGGAGGGUUCUCGAUAACAUGGUUUUCGACGGCAGCGUAGACGCAAAAACGGGUGUAUCUUUGAAGGGAAAUAUGUACUGGCUUGCUUCAUCGGAAACAGAAUUUUUACUCAGUUUUGAUUUUACAGGGGAGAGAUUCAAACGUUUUUAUCUUCCUUCCCUUCCGCCAAUUUUUAAUCUUGGUAAGAAUGUUCUAUCAGUUGUUAGAGAUGAACAAUUCUCAGUGUUAUAUCAGAACUUUCGUACAUUAAAAAUGAACAUGUGGAUGACGACCAAUGAAAUUGAUAUUGAAGUUGCCUUGUUGUGGAAAAAAUCUUUGACAGAGGAUUUUAAAGUUCGCAAUCGUUCUCUUCUAGUUUGCAUGAGUUCUUUGUUCCAUGAGGAGAAGAAACUAGCAGUGUGUUGUAAUUUAAACAGGGACAUGGUAACCGUAAUUGGACAGCAUGAUACACAUAGGGGUGGAUCUACAGUGUGUGACGGUGGGGCACGUUGACCCAGGCUAGUUUUAAGAUAUUUCUAAUUGAUCAUCAAUGUUCAUUGCUUCAUCUCAUUUGGCAAUAAGUCACUCAAGCAAGUUUUGGGUGUUGAGUUCGAUUCCCUUCUCUGCAGGUUGCUCACAUCUCUUUUUUUUUUGUUCUUUUUUGUUGUCUUCUUACAUUUUUAUUCUUCCUUAUGCUUAAUUGACUACAUUUUCUUUAUUUCUUUUUAUUACUUUCUUAAAUAAAACUAUGCUCCUUUGUCCU